CCCAAAGAAGGGCAGCAAUCCCACAAGAAGUGACAAUGAUUGAGGUUAUGACGCCUGUAGGAACACAGGCCCCAGUUCCUAGGAGAAAGAGGCCAGGCCGAGGCAAGAGAGGAGAAACUCGUUUCCCCGAAAAGUCGUCAAUAAUUACGAGGUCAAUGCAAAGGAGGAGAAGCUUGAAUCCUGGUAAGACCAUCAAGUCCCUCCCUAAUAUCUCAGGGCUCGUUGUCCAAGCGAUUGCCGCAAGUGCCUCGAACGGCCUCACCCUCACAGAGCUGAAGGAAGUGCUCAGCGCCAAGGGCUACAAUGUGAGGAGGCAAAGCCCCAGAACUCAGAGGAAAAUGCACGCCUUGGUGUUGAAAGGCGCCGUGGUGCGCAUGACUCACAGCGAUGGCUCAAAGUUUUUCGUCAUCAGGAAGCACCAGAGCAAGGCCAGCAAAAUAUGUGCAAACCCCAAAAGGACUGCCGGGGCGAGGAAAGUCCGAGUUGGGCGAAGGCAUGGCGCACGCACUGGCACAAAAACGAAAGGAGAAGCGGAGCAAGCCAAGAGCUCUGCAGAUAAGAUGGUAGAGGCUCACCAGAAACUCCGAAUCCCCAACAGGAGGAGACGAUGCCCCAGGAAAAAUGGCUCUGCCCGGAGGUCGCAGAGGAUUGCCGAAAAAGCUGCUUCUGGCACGUCUGACAACUCGGAUAGCAAAGCCGAAGAUCAGCGCUGUUCCAGCAGGAGUGCUGCAUCUGCUUUGAAGACCACCAGGAACCUCAGGAGCAGGCCUGCCUCUGCGGAGAAAUCGAAAAGGGCUAGCAGCAAAAGCACUUCGGAAAGGUCAAGGUCUUCUAAGAGCAACAGCACAGCCUCUCCGAAAGGUGUGGGGAAGCCCUACAGCAAGGAAACACCCAGUGCAAAGAAAACAAGGUUCUGCAGGAGCAGAGAUGUUUCCUCUGCCAAAGAACAAAACCCCAAGAGGAAAGCUGUGUUUCCCCCACGAAGGCCCAAGCGCAGAGCUAGACGAAGGAGAUAGCAGUACCAAAGCCCAAGGCAGGAAAGGCCUUACAAAGGUUGCAUUUUGCUAAUAUAGAUGUGUGUCUUUUUUUCAGAACUAUGUAAAAUUCAAUAAAGAUAACUAAUAAGCCC